UAGUAUAUUGAUUCUUUAUGAUUAUCUAUAUUAUAUACAUUAUACGUAAUUAUAUGAAAUUAUACAAUUUGUUAAAGAAUGUUCUUCUCACGCGUUUUUUUUCAAGUAUCUUUACAACAUUCGAAUGCAUUCUCUGCAUAUAUCCAGACUCGUUACCUAAUUAAAUAAUGAUUUAAUUCUUCUACUCUAACGUGAUGAGUCGUCCAUGCGCAAAAGAUAAUCGUCCUAACGCACCAUGAGAAAUCUUGGAAAAUUUUGAUCUUGUUAGUCAAUUUUAGCGUUCCUUCUGCUGCAAGUUGCUGCAGAUACACAACAAUCCAAUGCUUCGAUGUUAUAUUUAAUUUGCCAAUAGUACCCAGAUUUAUAGCAGUGCUCGAAGCGGGGAAGGUACGAUUAUUCUUAUGUAAUCAACACUCGUCAUGAUUAUGAUCAGAGCAUUUAAAUUUGUGCCAUUUUAUAAACAAUGAAUCGUAUAUGUAUGAAUUAUUUCUUGUAUACAAUUACAUAUUACAAUAACAGUAUAGCUAGUCGAUCAGCAAUUAAGGUAUACCAAAGACUUUUCCUGCCAAGCAGUUAUUCUACUUUCUCUAUUUUAUCUAAUGAUAUGAUAUGUGGUAUAUAGUGAAGAGUAUUAAAUCACCAAUAAAAAUUAAACCUCGCUGGGCCGUGAAUCGUUAGGGCCGGAUUACGGAAACGGAAAAAGAGAUCUCAAUCUGGAAUUGAUAUUUAAUUUUCAAAAACGGUUCAAAUAGUUGUACUUUUGUACUGGCCGCAAAUUCCUAAAAGAACACUAGCGCAGGUAGCGAUUUUUGUAAGUUACGUUAUAUAAAUAUGUAAUAUUACUACAUUGUUAUUGAUCAUAGUCUUCUCAAUAAGUGAUAAGGGCUCUGAGAAAACGAGAUAGAAAAUAUGACACACAUACACUUAGGUGAUAAAAUAUUUUUAGCGUUGUAUGUUGGUAUAUGUAGGACUAACCUAUGUAAGAAAAAGUUUACUUUCAUCCUUUUAACUAUACAAAUAACGAAACUGAUUGUAGGUACACAAUAAAAAUAAUUGCACAUAAUUGAGAAAAAUGGUUAGGAACGAUUAGAAUUAAAUUAAAUUAAACGUACGUAAGCGCAUGCGUAUUUACGAAGUAUAAAACGUGGUCCAUCUAACGCUGCAAAUGUUUCGAAACAUUUUCUAUCCUUUUCUUCUUUCAAACAAAAAGAAGGAUAGAAAGUGAAGCAUUCGUAGUACUAAGUGGACUACUCUGGACUGGAAUGUAUAAUCUAACAAAGAUAGUUACUGGAAUACUUCAAAACGGAAAAGGAUAACCUCGAUUUUGAUAUCAGCUGUGAAUGAUGUCGUCCAGCAAGGAGGAUGCUCAGUUCCGAGCGUACAAAGACGAUUCACGAAUUCCUUGUCAAUAUGGUGUAAAGUGUUAUCAGAAGAAUCCGCAGCAUCACAACAAGUACAAACACCCGCCAAAAAGAGAAACGGCGAAACAGCAAGUUAAAAAUAGAACCGGCACAAAAAGAAAACAAUCUGUGAAAAAUGUGGGAAACAAGACGAAAGCGCAGUCGGAAAGCCCAGAGAGAAAAUUGCAGAAAACAAGCGAGCGCUUCGAAAGAAAUUUGCACACUCUUUCCCCGAGUCCCACAAGGAGCGACGACAGUAAAAGCAGCAAAGAAGAUGAGGACGAAAAUUCUGAUGUGGAAGAAACAGAGGCAUCGAAUAAUGAUAACAAAGCUUCUGAUGUGGAAAAAAUCGAGGCAUCAAAUAAUGAUAACAAAAAUUCUGAUGUGGAAAAAACAGAGGCAUCCAAUGAUGAUAUAACACCUAAGGAAAUAAAAAAAUCACCUAGUCCAAUUGAGUGCAAGACGACUGAGAGUGUAUCAAUGUCUGAUGUCGAUACUCGGAAAGCGAUUUUGGAUCUAUUCUUGGUUGAAAUGCCAAAGGAUUUCUUUCAGUUUUAUGACUUUUGCAAAGGUAUAUCAAAAGGCGAUCCUCUGUCCGCCUGCAAAUCUGUUCGAUUGAAACUUGUUGGUCCCUAUGACGUGCUAGAAAAUAAAAUCAAAUAUUCUGAAAGCAAAGGUGAUCGGGACAGGUUCCUUACUCACUGGAGAUAUUAUUAUGAUCCUCCGGAAUUUCAGACCAUUAUAAGGUGCGACGAUAAAGAAGGAUUACAUUUUGGUUACUGGCGAGACGAUGUUACGGAGAAACUAGUUUUUGUAGCAAAGAAUCGAGCCAACGUGAAUUGCGUAUUCGAAGCCGUUGCGGAAAACAUAUUUGGUGCUGUCGAUGCUUAUCUGCAAGACAAAGCGAAAUCGGCCAAUCCGUUUGAGAAAACUGCGAUCACGCGUCUGCAGUCUCAACUAAAGAACUUUGCCAAGCAACAUGAUAUAACUCUCGAGAGGAACACUGUGAACAUGAAAUCGAGAGAGAAGCAAGUCGUAGCGCGGACUUUUUACAAAAUCGGCAUCGUAGUUCCUUACAAUAAGAAGACUCAGUUGGGAUACAGAGACUUGGCAGCCAGCGACAGCGACUUGCAGAAGAUAUUGAAGCAAGUAGAGGAGGCUGGCACUCCAGAGGAGAGAAAGGCACCGCUUGCAAAGCUCGACGAGGUCGUAAGAUUGGCCACGAUAGCCGCGGACGAAUGCGACUUCGGUACUUGCUUGGAGCUGGGACACGACCUUUUUUCAAACGGCAGCGUACACGUUCAAAGUAGAGGCUUACAGAUGUUGUCCAUCGCUUACACCCAUCUACAAAGGCCGCAGUUGUUAAAAAUACUCGAAGCACACUUGAAAAACCGAAAGAAGGGCUGCGAAUUAAGUGCGUUGUGAUAAACUUCUUCUUCAUCUCUAUUUAUGUAAAAACUAAAAAAUAUUGUUUCAUUCUAAAUUAAAUGUUAACACGUUUGCCACGGUACGAGAUAUAUACGUAUCCCGUAUCGUAUUUUUAUUAUUCUUAGUGAGGCAAAAAGAAAUUGCCGCGGUGAACGUGUUUAUUACGUCGACUGGAAUCGAUUUCUUAUUUAUUACUUAAAAAUAUUACUAAUGAAUUCGUUUUUUUUUUUCCUAUGAAAAAGCAUUAACAUCUUUAUAAAAUUAGACAGUUACAGCCAAACACAUAAGCCAUCAAAUUUUUAAGCUACGCGGAUUAUUUAACGGAUGACUUACUGAUAACGGGUGUGUGCGCGUGUGACAUGUCAAGAAGUUAACAGAAAUGCAGAUCAAUAUUUUUUAUAUAAAUAUUUUGUAUUCUGUUGAAUUGUAUGUUUUUUGAAUUUCAUGUAAACGAGAUGAAUUAAAUAAUACACAUCACAAAAU